AUGGGGAAAAGCUCCAAAGACAAGCGGGACAUUUAUUACAGAAAAGCGAAAGAACAAGGCUGGCGAGCUAGGAGCGCAUUCAAACUCCUGCAAAUCGACGAAAAGUUUCACAUCUUUGAUGGAGUAACCAAGGCAGUUGAUUUGUGUGCUGCCCCAGGAAGUUGGAGUCAAGUGUUGUCCAGGAGGCUUGGGUCUCAAAAAAAUGUCAAGAUUGUAGCUGUAGAUUUACAACCAAUGUCACCUCUACCAGGUGUGAUACAGAUACAAGGAGACAUCACCAAAUUCUCGACAGCCAAGGAAAUAAUGACUCACUUUGAGGGAGAUCAUGCUGAUCUAGUUGUUUGUGAUGGAGCCCCUGAUGUUACUGGCCUUCACUGUAUGGACACAUACAUACAGUCACAGCUACUGCUUGGGGCCUUGCAUAUUACUUGCAAUGUCUUGAAACCUGGAGGUACAUUUGUAGCUAAGAUAUUCAGGGGGAAGGAUAAUGACUUGUUGACAAAUCAGCUAUUGACGUUGUUCAAAGAAGUACAUGUUGUGAAACCAAGCAGCUCAAGAAAUUCCAGCAUAGAGUCAUUUGUGGUCUGUCAAAAUUAUUCACCUCCUGAAGAGUUUAAUCCAAAAUUGAUUACACCAUAUUUGAAUAUAGCUAACAAGGAUUUUAGCACUUUGGAAGGCAUCAAUCGUACCAUUAUACCGUUCGUUGUGUGUGGAGAUGUCAGUGCUUUUGAUUCUGACACUACCUAUCCCCUGCAAUUGGAAGGUGAAGAGCCCUAUCAGUAUAGGCCUCCAGUACAACCACCUAUUGCCCCACCAUACUCUUUCACAGACACCCUAAAGAAAGAGGAAAUUGAACAUUGUGUGCAAAAAAUGGAAGAUGUUGCACUAACUGUUUUUUCUAGUAAUGCAAGCAUUAAAUCAGAUAAAGGUGAAGCUUUGGUUAGCAAGAAUGUUGUACAAAGUGUAUCACAACCUAAAGCAAAAUCCAUCUCUGCCCUCAAAGUUAUGUCCACUAAUAGAGGUGGAGGCACUGCUAGCUCAAAUCUUGAGGAUAAUGCCCUCGAUCCAAAAGCUGAUGUUGAAAAUAUAUUUGAUAAUGGGCCAUACUUUGAUUUAGUACAAAAAACAACAAGAUUGCGGAGAACAUGGAGUAAUGUUGAAUGUGAAGUCCAGUGUGAAGAUGAAAAUACAGACCCUGAGAGGGUGAAGGAGUGCUUGGACUUUAUAGAAACUCUAUGCACGUGCUGUGCUGAGUCAAAGUAAUUAUGUAAAUUCAACUACUAAUUUUUCAGGAAGUUCAAAGAUGGCUCAGUUGUGAUAGAUUUUUUAAGGUUUUGGGUAUGACUAAAGCAUUCCUCUGAGGGAUUCCCAAACUUUUAAUAUUUAGGAUAAUGCCUCAUGUCAAAAAAAUGAGCUUGAAAAUAUAUUAAUACAAAAAACAACAAGAUUGAGGAGAACAGGCAGUAAUGUUGAAGGCGAAGUCCAGUGUGAAGAUGAGAAUCCAGACCCUGAGAGAGAGUGCUUGGACUUUAUGGAAACCCUAUGCACUUGCUGUGCUGAAUCAAAAAGAUGGCUCAGUUGUGAUAGAUUUUUUUUAAGUUAAGGGUAUGACUAAAGCAUUCCUUGUAUGCAGGUCCCUCUGAGGGAUUCCCAAACUUUUACUAGUCAAGCAAACUUUUCUAAGUAAAUUUUUUUCUGAUAAUUAUAAGUUAUUUUACAUUUUUUUGAAUUUAUUAGUAACAAAUUUGUAAAUAAAAGCAUGUAUGAGCAUGAUUAUUAUUUGGUGGCCUACACUUUUUAUAGUGUCAAGUGAAGAUAAAACACAAAUAUUUUAUGAAAAAAUUUUAAGCUUUUUGUUCGAAUGUAAUAAAUACUAGAAUGGAUUAGUCAUGAUGUCAUCAGUUUUCAGUUAUAUCCAUUGCUAUUCAUUGUAUACUGAGAAAUUAAUAAUGGCCAAAAAACAUGGAGAAUUACCUCUGUUGCUUAUAGUCACAUCCUUUUUAUGCAUUUUAAAAUUAAUGCACGAGGUGCACGUCUCCUACGCCGUUUCCACUGUAGAUACGAUCGCUGAAAGUCUUCAAUUGCGAGGCUCUUCAUUUGCCGUGUCGUUUCUACCUUGGUGGCUUCCACUUCUCCCAAGUGUCACCCUCGAAGCACCAUUUUGCAUUUUACAGGAAUAAGUCGCGAGGGCCUAAAUCGAGCGAAUAAGGCAGGUGUUAUGUUACGAUGAUUGAGUUCGGGCCAAAAACUCACGCACAACGAGAGACGUGUGAGCAAGCGCGUUGUCGUGAUGAAGGAUCCACCUGCCACCUUGUGCCACAAGAGCUCUGAGACUACGCAAAACUUCUGCGGGAGGGACAAAUUCAUGGUGAACAAUGCCCCGAGAAUCAAAGAAAGCAAUCAACAUUGUUUUCACGUUGACCUUGAUUUUUUCUUACUUUUUGUUCUCGGUUCCCCUGCUUGCUUCUACCAAUCCUCACAGCAAGCAACCCUCGUACAAUCCAAAAUCUUAACCGUGACUUGGUGCAAGCAUUAGGAGUACGUGCACGUAUGUAUAGGUCUUUUCAUGGUUUUUGGUGGCUGUCAUCAAUUUCAUAAGAAAUAAGUAAACAGAUCGACCAACUGUACCAUGACGGAGCUCAACUCUCGUGGAAAAAUUGCUGAUCUUCCACAUAUGAUACUAAGGGAUUUUUGCUUUCUGGAAAUACUCCAAUAAAUUUAGCAAAAACUGUUAUUGUCCGCUAGUAGUAUUUUCAGGCAUUCCUGUUUUAUAUUACUAAGACCAGCAAAAGGUAAACUCAAAUUGCACGCCUAUAUGACAGGUUGGCGAUAACAUUUGCGAUUGGAGAAGCUACCCGUAAGUGGGGUGUCACCUUUGGUUUAUUUCUUGAACUCAGUUCAGUUAAAUAUUGCACAGAACUGGAACUGGAUAUGUUGGAGUCUUCAAUUAUUAUUAAUGCACCAUGCCUGCCGUCAAGGCGUAGAGGAGACAUUGGUGAUACUUAUGCAUUUGAAGUGGAUGGCGACUGUGAUAAUUCCAUUGAGAAGAUAUCAAACAUUUUCAGAAUUUAUUGACCGUUUUAUUUAUCGCAAAUUGUUCCAAUCAAACUGCGUUUUAACUAAAUUAUUAACGUGGUGGAUAUCUUACAUGCAUCGUGGAAUCAAAUUAUAAAAUACGUGAAAGGUCUAUUUCAUUUUACCGACGAUAAAAAAUACAGCGAUAAGGGCUCGCAAUAACUAGAUUGUAGCAAAUAUCUUCCAGAUAGUCGAUUUUCGAGAUGGCAACUCGGGAAAUGCAUAUAUAAAAACAUGUGUUCUCCAACUGAUUCCCUUUAGAUAAACUCAUUCCUCAAAUAUAGUGGGUACACCAGUAUACACGAGUACGUGCCAGAUAAGUGAUGUCUUUUGAACAUAUGUUUGAUAUUUUAUAGAUGGCUUCAGGCUCAAUAUUUUGCCUGCACCUAGUAUCCAUAUCUAGUUGCUCAUUUUUGAUAGGGAUAUUACUCUCUUUAACCUGAUUGUCUAUUUGUAUAUUGUUAAAACAUUAGUUAGGGCGAAUCCCCAUAUUAAUCUACGCCUAUGUAGGUAGUCAAACAACCAACUGCAAUAGAAAAUGGGCUUUAAUAUUGGUAGAGUUUUCAAGCAAACUUCUAUCUCCGCGAGCAAAGGCAAAAUAUCUAUCACUACAUAAAGUGAAAUAUUCGACUAUUACUAGCUACUUUUUUGGGUACUCAAGAGCUUUAUCUCAUAUCAAAUAAGAAUGAUUACUUAAUUUAAAGAUGGCCAUAUCUAUGUGCAUAUCGUUUGUAAAUUUAUCUACUUAUGAGUACACCACGUGUGACAUUUGACGUUUGAUUUCAAAAUAUUUUAUAUAAUUAUUGUUAAUUUGUGCUCUACAAAACGGCCCCUUCUUAUCUUUGAACGGAUUUGGUUAGCAAGCUGAUAUUCGGGAUAAUGAACAGGUAAUAUUUCAAGGUGGCGGCUGAGCGCCAUCUUGGAGCAUUUUUAAAUGGAAUAUCGGGUCACCGGAUACUCCAUUUUGAAGCUCCUUAUAACUCUACGAUAUAAAUUGCUAUCUUUCAAAUUAUCGGACUGGGAGGUUGUCAAACUUGAGGGGAUUGUAAUAAGUCAUCGCAAAGCGCCAUGUUGUACAUUGAAUCGAUUCUAACUCGACAAUAAAUCAUCAAAAUAACCUUUUUAACGGAAUGGCUCAUAUGUCAGCCUGCCUGUCUGUCAUCUCGAAAGAUAGCGAUUUCAUGUUCUAAUGUAAUGAAGUAGGUUCUCAUAAAGAGAAUCGAAAUAACAUAUCUGACUUUUCCAUUAAAAAAUGUUCCAAGAUGGCGUCUUGCCGCCACCUUGAAAUUUUCAAACAUUCCGUAAUUCAACUUGCUAACCUGACGCGGUCAAAAAAUAAGUAGGUAGAACGUUUUUGAAAAGCACUGUAGAAUGUCUAUAAUACGGAAUUCUGAGUUUGUGUUUGCGGUUGAUCGAAUAUGGGACACAAGGCAGAAAGUACAAAUUAGAUGUAACUAUUGGAUACUGGCAAUAAAUAAAAUACUAAGAUGUACCUUUUUAGUCAGUGUUACAAGGUUUUUUGUGGGUGGUAAUCGUAAUGAAAAAAGCCUUUGCUAACAUAGCGUGAAGUUAAUAAAUUUGUAUGCAUUUUCAUUUCAGUUUUUUUAUGUAUUUUUGGAACGUUUUUAAGAUUGAUAUUAAAGAAGUGUUGCAGUGGGAUAUUAAAUGUUCUGUGAUAUGAUUUGUUAGCUCUUUAAAAAGUUGUUGAUUAGAAUAAAUCGGUAGUCAGUAAUUACCAUAGUGUUGAAGUAACUAUUUUGGUUUUGAGGAACAACCACAUUGUUCCGCUUUAUGAUAGUUUCCCAAAUAUAUUUUGCAGUUAAUUUUAGCUAAUUAUAUACGGAAGAGCGCUCGUGGAACUGUAGCUCUUUCAGCGCUUUUGAAUAAUGCCAGUUGCUCAUUUAGUAUUGAUAAAAUAUAAUUGUUGACUUAUAGCAUUACUAUGUCGUAGUUAAAGUGGUAGCAUUCAUAAACACUGUAUGUUUGGCUUUCAACUAAUGUAGCAACUUAUUACAAAAAUUAAAGAUUUGCCCCAC